GUUCACCAUGACUCGAUGCACUCUUUCUUCCCGUACUGACCGCGGAGUAGGGCGUUUGAGCUCAGGUCUCACAUUAGACAGCUUCCCUGACUCAAGUCGCUCAUCCUCCCAUCCGGACAACUUUGCCACAGUCCGAUUUACCGGAUGGCCGACGAUCAUAAGUUUCCGGUCGCGGACGUAGAGAAGGAUAGUUCUUCAGUACACGACUACACCUACGCACAACGUGAUUGGCACUAUUCGCACCGGUGGACGCGGAGGGCUUUGCAAUGGGGACUGGAAACAAGAGGUAUCACCCCGGUAGCCGAGCGUGAACGUAUAGACACCCAGUAUAGCAAAAUUUUCUUCAUCUGGUUGUCUGCCAACUUCAAUAUCUUAUCGUUUUCAGCAGGCACCCUGGGGCCUGUAAUCUUCGGUCUGGGUCUCCGAGACUCGUGUCUAGUGAUACUGUUUUUCAAUCUCUUGUGCAGCGCUCUCCCAGCCUAUCUAUCAACAUGGGGUCCAAAACUGGGAUUACGCCAGAUGUGUCAAGCUCGUUACAGCUUUGGGUACUUCGGUGUCAUCGUCCCGAGUGUAUUCAACUGUUGUUCUAUGAUGGGCUUCUGUAUCCUUAACUGUAUCCUCGGCGGCCAGACAUUAGCCAGCAUCACCGAUGGUCGCCUAAGCUGGAGCGUCGGAAUUGUCGUCGUUGCUGUCAUAUCUUUAUUGGUUUCUUUCUGCGGCUAUCGAGUCCUCAACUGGUACGAACGGCUUGCAUGGGUGCCAGUCCUGGUCGUAUACCUUGUCGCUCUCGGCGUCGGCGGCAAGCACAUCCGCAAUCCGCCUCCUGCUGAGCCUGCAACCGCUCAGGCCAUUCUUUCAUUUGCCGGGACGAUUGCUGGUUUCGUGAUCACGUAUGCCUCUCUUGGCUCCGACUUCACUAUAUAUUAUACGCCUUCUGUGCCCAGUUGGACAAUAUUCUUGUAUUCUUAUCUCGGAUUCAAUAUCCCUAUCAUCCUCCUGCAAUGUCUCGGAGCAGCAGUGGUCCUAUCUGCUCCCUCCGUCCCCGCCUGGAACGAGGGCUACGCAAACGGCAAUGUUGGCGGCCUUAUCGAAGCCAUGCUCCAACCGACGGGCAACUUCGGAAAGUUCCUUACCGUGCUCAUGGCUCUGAGUGUUACAGCAAACAUCGCGCCGACGUUCUACUCUUUCAGCCUGAGCUUCCAGGUCUUCAUCCCCCCGCUCGCUGUCAUUCCCCGAUACAUGUUCUCCAUCCUUGCCACGGCCAUCCUUAUCCCCAUCUCGAUAGUCGGCGCGCACAAGUUCUACGACACGCUCACCAACUUCCUCGGGCUCAUCGGCUAUUGGGCGAGCGCGUUCGGCGCCGUCGUCCUCGUCGAGCACCUCCUCAUCCGGCGGGGCGACUUCGCCUCGUACGACCUCCACUACUGGAACGACUGGCGCCGGCUGCCGACGGGGCUCGCUGCGCUAGGCGCGUGCCUGCUCUCGUGCGCGCUCAUCAUCCCGUCGAUGGACCAGGUGUGGUUCGUCGGGCCGAUCGCGCAACGGACGGGCGACAUUGGAUUUGAGCUCGCCUUCGCGUCUGCGGGGCUGUUCUACGUUCCGCUGAGGUACUUAGAGUUGAGGUUCAGGCCGCUAGUAUAAAAUUGGGCUGUUUGUCGUGGAUAGUCUUUCUUGGUGAUUAACGGGGCCCGGAGAUGACAAGAACAGGCGUACAAGUUAACAGAAGUAUAGAACAGUCUGUAUACUGUAUCCGUAUCCCGCAUUCCGAGAAUACUGG